AUGAAAUUAUUGUAUUUGAUUUCUUUAAUAUAUAUGGGACAUGGCUUAUCUGUAUAGAUUAGUUAAAAACCUACAUGCUUUUAUGUUAAAUCAUAUACAGGAGAUACUUAUGUUACAGUAAAUUAUUAGAUAUCUGGAUUGGAUGAAAAUAAAACAGAAAUUACAAUAGAAUCAGAAAAUGGUGAUAAAUUAGUAAAGAAAUAAAAUACAAAAGAAGGAGCACUUAAAUAAUUGUUAAGAGAAAAGGGCACUUAUUAUAUUUGUUUCAAAAGUUUAUCUAAAGGCUAUAAGACUGUAAGUUUUGAUUUUGAUAUGGAUGGAGUAGAUAAAGAAUAUGCUUAAUCAGAAUAAUUCAGUGAGAUGUCAAAGGAGUUAUCAAGAACUAAUAGAAACUUUUAGACAAUUUAUAGAAAUUAAAAUUGGAUUUCUGACAGAGAGAAUGCUCAUUAAAUGUGUAAAAUAUUAUAAUUAAAGUAGUGUUGGAAUAAACAUAAUAAAAUGUUAAAUGGUGUGCUUCAGCAAAAAUAGGAAUUUUAUUAAUAAUAGCUAUAACUUAGAUAUGCGUUGUAUAUUAUUUUUUUAAAGAUAAAGAUUUUAGUGGAAGAGUAUGA